CAGCGUCUUGCGUACGCCUUUGACGUACUUGCUAUCGAGAGUCUAGACUACGACAUGAUAAGCACUCAAUCGCGAUCGACCCAAACUUGUGGAAUCUGUCACUCCCGUCAACGAUGUCAUGGAAGCGACUAAAAGCAAUCCGGUUCUAGACCUUUUGCCCAGGGCCUGGCAACUUGCUUUUGAUCGGAUUGAUCUACAGUUGUACCGACAAGAAAAGUCUCGGGGGAACCGAAUCAGACAAAGAGUCCAAACCUCCAAGAUUCAUCACGAGAGCAAUCGCAAGGCACUCUACCAAGAAAUCAGUGUAUCAUCUGACUAUGCUUGGUGAGAGGAUGCUGUCUCAAAGAUCGACUGGUAGCCGGAUACACUAGACCUAUCCCUACCCCAGACGCGCAAAAUGAGGGACGCUAACAAUCUGUUUCCGAGUGGUUCAUAGCUUGCGUUUGGAAGCCCUUGCUGCCUUGUUUCGACACACAAUUCUGCCUGGAUCCCCAGUACAGUUUGGUUUCCCUUUGACCGUUUCACGUCCGUACUCUCUCUGGAUUAUGCCUGCAAUAUGGCAUAACAGAAAACCAGGGGGCUGGUUCAGGCAUUGACGAUCAAGACAAUCAAGGAUGGCCUGAAACUAACUCUCUUCUUCUUGACCAGGUUGCCGACUGGCGAGGACAUACACGUCAAGCCGUUUACACGGACUCAAGAGUGAGGCUGUUGAGAAGUCAAGUUUGGCGAGGCUACUGAACAUGGCAGGAGCCCGAGAUGUGCCUGACACUAAAAUCUAUCAUCAUCCC